GCCGGCGCCAGCAUCGCUACGCUUAGCUCCCUGCGGUGCCUCCCCGCCCUCGCAGACCCUCAGACGAACCGGCCCCUCCCCCAUCCGAUCGGCCGCCUGCCCGCUUCCCGCCGUGUCGCACAGCGAUGGAAAUCAUCGAUCUCACCGAUCCCGAUUUUGAGCCCUCGCCUCAAGUCGCCGGGCUCCCCACCGGCAAGGCCGCCGACCACAGUCAACCGCCGUCCGGUGCAUCCCUCAGCGGCCUCGCCCAAGUCAAGCCCGACACCAUGGCCGUCGAACCUCCCAGCGCCGCUAGCCCCGUCGCCCCCGCCAGCGGCCCUUUGGCCGGUGGCCCAGGCUCUGCUCCAGACGGCAGCGGCACUGCCGGGAACAGCAGCAACAGCAACGGCAACGGCAACGGCAUCGGCACCACCUCCACCAGCGAUGCCAUGCAGAUCGACGAGCCGCGCAACCCUGUCGGCCCACCAAACAGCACCGCAGACAACAAUACUAUCGGCAGGGGCAAUGGCAGCAGCAAUGUCACUUACUCCAAUACCGACCAGGCCAAUGGCAGCAGCGUCGCGCAGCCUCCAUCAGAAACUGCCCCUUGCCUGAGUCCGCUUCUGCCAGGGACGGACUAUGCCUCGGUCAGGAGGAUCCAGAUCCACCUCAAUCUGGCCGACACCCGGAAAAACGUCUUCAAUAUGGACUCGCUGCUGCUGACCGACGCCGAAUCCAACGCAAAGAUCAGUCUGUUUGCUCCGACCCGACAAGCCCCGGGAAGUGGCCGGCAGCUCGACGACGAUCCCAAGGACAGCGACGACAUGAGCGUGUCCGGCGCCGAGCCCGACGAUAACCGGGGUGAGGCCGAUGCCCCCAAGAAGAAACGCAAGCGGAGGAGGCGCCAAGACGAAGAAGACGAAUACGACCUUGAUGACGACUUUAUCGACGACGGAGAUUUGUUCUACGACGACGAGGAUGGCUUUGUGGACUUUGACUCUGAUCCGAAUACGGCUGCCAAGAUUUGGGAAUAUGGAUACUUUGCCUGGAAGGGGCCGAUUGAAUCGUACUUGUAAGCAUGGCGCCAGUCAUCUCUAUGUCGGCCGCCACGGCGUCGUUGGCCGGGUCGUCGGGACAACGCUGACCACUAACACUCU